GAUAUUGGAAAGGCAUUUGACGGUAAUUCCACAAAUAAAAACCGUAGUAAAUUUGUUAAUGGUAAAAUUUUGUUUUUAAAAGCUAAUUUUUUAAUUCAUAAAAAUACUCUAGAUAUGGAUACUAGAUUAGCUAUGGUCAUUUUUUCUCAUAGUGUAAAUAGUUUUACCGGUGCUAUGGAAGAAUUUGGAUAUUUUAAGCAACAAGAAACUU